AUGACGGCUGACGUUUGUACACAAUUGUAUAAUGCAUCCUCAUGGGUAUUGAAUGAUCUCUAUUGUCCAGCACAAUUCGAUCGAAUAUCAUGCUGGCCACCAACAAAAGCUGGUAUUCGACGUAUUAUAUCAUGUUCAACACAUAUCUUUCCUCAUGCUAGUCCAUAUGCAUAUGCUUCCCGAUUGUGUACAAAUAAAUCUCAAUGGGAUAUACGAAGUAAUUAUGAAUUAUGUAUUGGUUGUUCAUCGGAUGGUUAUCCUAAUAUGACAGAAACAUUUUCCAUACCUCCUAAUUAUAUAAUAGCACGAAAAUAUUUUAUUGUUUGUGCGAAUAUUCUUUCUAUUACACUUCUUAUUAUUGGUAUUUUUAUUUUACUUGGUAAUAGUCGUCUUCGAAAAUAUUCGAGAAAUAUUCUUCAUGUUAAUAUAUUUUUCGUUUUUCUUAUCCGAUCAAUUAUUCAACUAAUUGCUGAACUCUAUAUGAAUAAAGGUUAUUUUUCUCAUAAUGUAUUUGAACGUACAGAUGCAUGUAAUCGAACAAAUAUUUAUUUCAAAGAAGAUCAUUUACUUGAUUGUAAAUUAUUUACAAUUCUAAUGAAUUAUAUUAGUAGUAGUGUUGCACAUUGGUUUGUGUUUUGUGAAGCUUUAUAUUUAUAUCGAUUGUUACGUGCUAAACCGCGUAAAGAUCAGGUUCGAUGGUAUAUUUUAACAGGAUGGUGUGAGUACAUUAAAAUAUUUAAUACCAUAGAUACGGAAGAAAAACAUAUAUUUAUGUCAUUUUCAGUAGCACCACUUUAUUUAACAACAAGUACAUAUGUAAUACGUUGGAUAUUGAAGACAGAUUUAUAUACAUGUUGGUUUGAACCAUCAAUCUAUGAUUGGAUUCUUCAUGGACCAAAUGUCAUUCUUCAAAUUUUAAAUAUGUGUAUUUUUACUUAUAUAUGCACAUUACUCAUACGAAAACUUAAUACACCUCAUCAAGUAGGAGCACCUUCUGAUCAACGACGUUUUUCGAAAUAUAGUCGUUUAACACGUUCAACUUUAAUAUUAUUACCUUUAUUUGGUAUACAUUAUUUUUUCUUUAUGUGGAAUACAAAACCAUUGUUAAUAUCGAAUUUAAUUGUUAUUCAUCUUACUGUUCAUACUAUAUCAUCAUCACUUCAAGGUGUACUUGUUGCAUUAGUAUAUACAAUAGUUAAUUCUGAAGUUCAACGUGAAGUACUUCGAAGUUUUCAACGUUGUUUAAUACGUCAUGACUCAUCAUGGGAAGAAAGCGGAAUAUUGCGUAAUUAUAUAAAUAAAUUAGAAAAUGAACGUUUAUAUUCAUUGGGUAGCCAUCGAUCAAAAUCAUCAAUACCUGGUCAAUAUCGUCCAAGACUAUCAAGUAAUUUUACACAAAACCCUUAUACAAAUCGGGAUAGAAAUAAUUCAAGUACUCCAAAUCAACGCGAUUCUCUGUAA